AUUGGUCUGAAAAGAAGUAGAAGGAAAAUCAAAAGGAUUGUUUUUUUCUUUGUUUUUUUUUCAUAUUUGGUUGCAAAGCUUGUGUAAUUCCAUGGCGUUUUUGGUUUUCUUUGGAUUUUUGCUGCUAAAGUUUAGUUUUUUCCUGUAAAGGUCUAGGCUUUUGCAAUGCUCCCAUGAGCUUGUAUAUGUCAAUGUGUCUUCCAAGGAUAUGGAUUUCUUGUGGAUUGAUAACUUGGGAGCAAUCCUAUCAUGUUCUGGCAACGUUUUAAGACACCUAAUAUGUUUUUUUUUCCUCUGUGUCGAACUGAGGAGAACAUACAUUUGUUUCCGCAGUUUGAUUUUGCGUCGUGCAAUUCUCCGAGCUCUGGAUACAGUUUUCUAAAUCAGGAGUUGAAAUAUAGGGUUUAUCUGCGGCCAGGCCAGAAAUAUGGGACAAAGGAAUAUGAUGGUUGAUUUAGAAAUGCAACAGCAGUCUCAAGGCUAUGUACAACCAGAGUCUUGCAUCUUUUUAGGCAGUGUAACUAGCUUUGCUCAACCCGAUAUUCCUGGAGUGAUCACAGCCUCUGGAAAUGUUCCAAAUCUAGAAGCUCAUCCGUAUGACAAUGCCUUGUUCUAUGGGAACCCUCAUUACCAUGGUGGUCAGCAUCUGCAUCACCAUGCUUCAAGUCUUGAUGUGGGCAUUUCAACUGCACCGAAUUUGUAUCACCCUUAUGUGACUUUCCAUCAUCCGCCGAGCCAGUUGCCAUCUUCUAGCAGUCACGGUGACGUUGGAGCAACUUCUGAUGAAUAUGAGAGGAAUGCUCAUCUUAUGGAUCCCACAAGAGGGUCAUAUAAAAGAAAGAAUGUGCAAGGAACACAUGGGAAUACUCAGUAUUUAAGUACCAUACCAGCUCCUAGAUCUUUAUCCCCUUUAAAUGCAACAACCGAGCCAGCAACUUUCUCGUUGCCACAGUUUAGGGGGGCUGGUAGUAACUCACAACUUGGUCAGAGAAGGGAGAGGAACAGACCAGGAGCUGUAAUGAUAGAUCCUGUCCUGUCUCAUGGUCAGAACAACGUCAUUCAAGGAAACUAUGCAGGUCAGCCUUUGCCACUGCCAGGGUCUACCUGGUUUAACCAGCAUCAGACGAGCAAUGGCAGAUCUGAUGGAUGGACCCAUUCACUUCCUGUACCUUAUAUGCCAGGUAGCAGUGUUGUCUCUGGUUCCACAGAGUCUGGGAACUUAUGCCUUCCGAGAUAUCAUGAAUCAUCAUCCGAAUAUCCUUCUCCGCUAAACCCUAGUCACCACCACUAUUUUAGUCACCACCUAUCGCCUCCGCACAUUCAAGGAGUAGUAAGAAGCCAUAAUUCCACAGUAUACCCUCCCAUGGCCUUUGCUUCAUACGGAGUUCGUGCCAACUAUGACCCUAGAAGCAAUAUGCAUGACGCUUCAGAGAUAGGUUCAACUCAUGUGGGACCAAUUCUCAGACACGGUGGAACCCCUCACCUCAGGAUCAUGCCGGCUGAUGAAGUUGCUCUGUUGGAGGUAGAAGAUUUCUACGGCACUGGAGAUUACGCCGACCAUCAUAGAGACAUGCGCUUGGACAUAGAGGACAUGUCUUACGAGGAGCUCCUUGCCUUGAGCGAGCGUAUUGGAAGUGUGAACACUGGUUUGCCAGAGGAAAAAGUGCACAGAAAUAUGAAGACAAGAACCUAUUUAUUGAGCAGAAUCAACCUUGAAGAGGCUCCACCGGCCGAUCUGGAAACCGGUUCUUGCACAAUAUGCCAGGAAAACUUCAACAACCAAGAGAAGAUCGGAACCUUGGAUUGCGGGCACGACUACCAUGCAGAAUGCUUGAAGAAGUGGCUGUGUAUCAAGAACGUUUGCCCAAUCUGCAAAUCCGAGGCCAUUGCCAUGUAGAACGAGGAGGUAUAGGAUGGCUUUAUCUAUAUCAGUUUAUAUAUGGAAAAGAAAGAGAGAGAGAACUGAGUGGGGGGCAUUUUCUGCUGCUACAGAAUCUGUAAAUUUGUACUUUGGUGCACAUAAUCUUGUUAAACAGCUAAGCUCUUAGGGUUGGCAUGCCAUUUGUUUUCUUGACUCCGAUUCUAAGAAAAACUGUACAGCCUUCUUUGGUUCUUUGUACAUCUUGGUUGCUCUCUUUUCAUGAUGAUCCUUCUUUGCCCUUUU